AUGUCUCACGCCUCACUUCUAGCAGCGGCGCUCAGCAUAUCGGUCACCACCAUUGGUGCCGGUGUGCUGGCAAUACCAGCCACAUUUGAGUCAGAUGGGAUCGCCCUGGUGGCACUCGCCUUGCUCGUCGUUGGCGUCCUCACCGUCGUCUCUAUUGACUUUCUAAUCCUCUGCAUUCACAAAUUGGGCGCGCAUAGCUACGAGGAGAUCUCUGACGAGUUGCUCGGGCAAGCCUUCAAAGAAAUCAUUCGCUGGAUGCUGAUUGUGUACAACAUCGGCACCGCUGUCGGGUACAUUGUCGUCAUUGGCGAGAUAUUUACCCCGAUGCUGCCGGUGAUCCGCUUGUACGUGCCGUGGCUCUCGUCGUCGUCGCACAUAAUGAUUGCAUCAUGGCUGUGGGUGAUGCUGCCUUUAUCGUGCUUCCCGAAAGUGUCGCACCUGUACGUGACCUCAUUCCUAGCCAUCGCCGCGACCUUCUUCAUCUCCGGCAUCAUCGUCUACCGCUACUUUGUACCGCUGAACUCGACCCCGGCUGCGAGGAAUUCCGAGGAGGACAUCAAGUAUUUCCGCUUCUGUCGCCGGUCACUCCUGACGCUUCCCGUAGUGAUGUUCGCCUUCGACUGUCAAUCUCUCGUAUUCCAAGUAUGGACGGAGCUAGCCUACCCUUCGCGGGCCACCAUGGCAAAAGUGGCUACUGUUAGCGUGCUUGUCACAAGUCUUGUCUACGGUGUGGUCGGAUUCUUCGGGUACAUGGCCAACACACCGCACGUGCACGGCAACAUCUUGACCAACUACAACCCGAUGCGUGAUCGCCUCUUCGCCAUCGGCGAAACCUUCUACUCCAUCACCGUCAACGUCGCCUACGUCUUGAUUCUCAUUCCGUGCCGCGAUGCCAUCUUCCAGAUGUGGUACGGCUUCAGCCACACCCACGAGGCUCUAGAGAUUCCUCAUCACAGCAACCUCCUUGUGAGCGUUUCACUAUCGUUUUUUUGCCUGUGUCUCGCACUGCUGGCGCCGGGAUUCCUGUACAUUGUGGUGCUCAUGGGCGCCUUCUGUAGUAGCACGCUGUGCUUCACCUACCCGGCCCUCUUCCGGCAGCGCCUUCACGUUCUCGGGCUGGCACCGUACACCGGGUACGAGCGCCUCGCUGUUUGGGUCAUGUACUUCUUUGGGUUUACCGGUGUCAUGAUGGGCUUUUUUGCCCUUGUUGGGAUGUGA